AUGGGCGACUGGAACUUGUUGGGCAGCAUCCUUGAAGAAGUGCACAUCCACUCCACUAUAGUUGGCAAAAUCUGGCUCACUAUCCUGUUCAUAUUCCGGAUGCUAGUGCUGGGAGUGGCUGCUGAGGAUGUCUGGGAUGAUGAGCAGUCAGAGUUCAUCUGCAACACAGAGCAACCUGGCUGCAGCAACAUAUGCUAUGACAAGGCCUUCCCUAUCUCUUUGAUCAGAUACUGGGUAUUGCAGAUCAUAUUUGUAUCUUCUCCAUCUCUUGUUUACAUGGCCCAUGCACUGUACAGAUUAAGGGCUCUAGAGAAAGAGCGACAGAAGAGGAAAGCCCACCUGCGGGCUCAGCUAGAAGAUCUGGAGCCCAUGCUUGAAGAACACCGGAGAGUGGAGAGAGAGCUGCGAAAGCUGGAAGAACAGAAGAAAGUGAAUAAGGCACCCUUAAGAGGUUCUCUGCUGCGCACCUAUGUCCUACAUAUCCUGACCCGCUCAGUGGUUGAAGUGGGCUUUAUGAUAGGUCAGUACCUUUUGUAUGGAUUUCACAUGUCACCCCUUUACAAAUGUACUCGGCCCCCUUGCCCUAAUACGGUGGAUUGCUUUGUGUCCCGACCCACAGAGAAGACCAUCUUCAUGGUCUUCAUGCACAGUAUUGCUGCAGUCUCCCUGUUCCUCAACAUCCUAGAAAUCGCCCACCUGGGCCUCAAGAAGAUCCACAAGACCCUCUACGGGCGACCGCGGCAGCCAGCAGGCCCUGCAGAUGACGAGGUCAGUCCUUACAAUUCCAAGAAGAACUCUGUGGUCCCACCUGCCUGCCCGGCCGCCGACACCUCCCCUCCACCUUUGAGUCUUUUACCCAAUGGGAGAAGAGUCAGCAGUGAGAAGUCUAUGAAAGAGGGAGCCACUAUUCAGCCUGAAUGCUCUCAGUCUUCUCUAGAACAAGGUGUGGUUACUGAGAAUUUCAACAACUCUUGA